AUGGACACCAAGGACAAGUCUGAUACACUCGAGGCCCGUGUUUUGGGUGUUGGAGAACUCAGCUUCAAACCCGAGACCGUUCGCACCUGUCAUCUGCUAGAGCACGAGCUCACCAUCAAGGACGUCUUCAAUCGUCACCCAGCCCUCAUAUGGUGGUCAUUCUACUGGUCAAUGGCUGGUGUAGGCUGGGGCUUUGAUGCGCAAGUCAACGGCGGGAUGCUUUCGGUCGAGUCGUUUCGACGGGACUUUGGAUACAUCUACGAUGGGGAAGCCGUUUUACCUGCAGAUUGGCAAACUGCGUUUAAUACGGUCUCAUCUGUUGGACAAUUCUUUGGCGGUUUCCUAUGUGCGUGGUUAGCCGACAGGAUUGGCCGAAAGCGGGCUCUGUUCGUGGGUGUUGCUAUUGUGACUGCCGGGAUUUUAGGGGAAAUUUUCUCGACUGCUAGAGCAGCCUUUGUUGUCUCUAAGCUUAUACUGGGUUUCGGUUUGGGGUUCUACUUGACCCUAGCCCCUUUGGCUACCUCCGAGUGUGCGCCAGUUGUCUUCCGAGGCAUCUCGACUGCUGGUGUGCAGUUUGGCCUGGGCUCUGGCCAGCUAUUAUCCAAUGCCGUUAUCAAGGCGUUCGGAGAAUGGACAUCCCGCUGGGCAUACCAAGCUCCCUUUGCUAUACAACUCUUUUUCUGCGCUUUUCUCCUGGCCUUCCUUCCUUUUGCUCCAGAGACGCCAUGGUAUCUCGCUCGAGUAGGCAAGCGAGAAGAAGCCAAGCGAUCUCUCUGCAAGCUUUACGGUUCAGGUGUAGAUAUUAACGCGAAAUGGGUGACUCUCAAGGCUACUAUUGCGGAGGAGGAAGCUGCGAAAUACCAGCAAGGGUCCAUUAUUCAAUGUUUCCGAGGAACCGACCGUCUCCGAACCGCAAUCAGCACCGGCGUUUUUGCUUGUCAGCACUUUGUUGGUAUUAUUUUUGUUAUGGGAUAUUCCACCUACUUCUUUCAGUUGGCUGGCCUGCCCCCUAGCAAGAGUUUUGAUCUAGGAGUUGGUGUUACUGCUUGUGGUCUUUUGGGUAACAUCUUCAGUUGGUUCAUUGUCAACUCCCUUGGCCGCCGCAAAAUAUUCACCGGUGGCAUGGUCCUCAUGACCACCAUUCUUCUUCUUAUUGGUAUUCUAGACGUCAUCCAUACCAGUGCGGCUAAGUGGGUUCAGGCGGCUCUGACUGCCAUCUAUGCCUUCGUCUACUUUACUUCGCUUGGAGCCAUGGCCUUUACCAUCCUCGGCGAAGCCAGCAGCACCUCCCUCCGCGCCCCAACCAUGGCGUUGGCAACCGGCACCCAGGCCAUCAUGGGCAUUAUAUUCAACUUUACUAUUUCUUACAUGAUUAAUCCAGAUGAGGGUCAUCUUAGGGGCAAAGUCGGUUUCAUAUUUGGAGGGCUGGCAACCAUUGCCACGGCAUGGAGUUUCUUCUACAUCCCAGAACUCAAAGGCCGUACAUUUGACGAAAUUGACCGCAUGUUCCAGGCUCAAGUGCCACCUCGAAAAAUGGGCUCAUAUAUUCUAGAGCCGUAUUAG